UAGGGCAUCGGAAAAGCCUCACGGGGCCCCUAUUACAUGGUUUAUGUAGAUGACAACAUUGACCGAAGAAAAACAGGAUUUUACUCAGGUAUUGCCAUUGCCUCGUCAUUUUUUGGCCCAGCAAUUGCAUUUGGACUCGGUGGAUAUUUCAGCAGACUAUACAUAACUUUGGAAGAUGUUGAUAUGGACACACGUGAUCUCCGCUGGAUAGGAGCUUGGUGGUUGGGUUUUCUUGUCUUUGGUUCGAUGUCCAUCAUCCUAGCAUUCCCUCUGGCUCUGUUUCUAAGACAACUGAAAAUGUCCAAAAAAGAUAUAGCACAGGGAAAAGUUCAAGAAAGGCCAGUUAUUGAGGAAAGUUCAUUUUCCGAGAAACUAAAAUUGAGCAUCAAGGGAUAUUGGAAAGUGGUUCGAAAUCCAGUUUUUCUUCUCACGUCAAGUAAUCAAAUCUUCAACAUAAUGUCUUUCGGGGAAUUCCAUGGUUUCUCGGCCAAAUUUGUGAAGACACAUUUCAAUAUACCACUGUCUCUUGGCAACUACAUAUUAGCUGGCGCUAAUAUGUCAGUAGUGGCUUCCGGUUCAUUUCUGGGAGGUAUCGUCACAAGGAAAAUAGCCAUGACCCCCAGAAACGUUUAUGGGAUGAUCUUAGGCUUCUAUACCUUCAAUAUAAUUUACUUCGCUCUCGCCAUGGCCUUGAGUUGCCCACAGCCAACUAUCAUUGGUCCACGAGUAAAGUGA